AUGGAUGAGCACGGCUUUGAGACACGACUUCGACACUUGGAACAUGUGCUAGCUGGUCGAGCCAACAGCAUUCCACGCAACACCAAGACGACCCUGUUGAAGCGCAUCGAUGGCCUGAAAAAGGAGCUCCACAACGUAUAUCGAUCCAACAAGUUGAUGCACGACUUUGUCGACAAAUAUGAGCCGCACGCAAAAGUUUUGGACCCAACCGAUUCCUCGUUGGCCUUGGAGCGAGAACUGUUGACCACUGAUACCAAGCUUGAACUGAUUCUGGCAGCAUACGAUGAUAUGGAGCGUUUUGCAUCACAGGUCAAGCAGGUGAAAUCUUUAGAACAUGUAGUGAGUGGAUCAGAGUAUGAUGCCCUGGAUACAUUGGGAGCAGAGCUACGACCACUUGAAGCGAAACAUAUGGAACAAACCAAGCAAUUGGAGCAAAUCACUCUUCAAGUCUCUCAAGCUAUGGAAAGUUACAAUGGCAUUAUCAAUACAUUAUCCGAGAUAUUUAUUGCAUGGGACGACAUUUUGAAUACCAUGGAAGCACAUGUAUCAGCAAUCGAGCGACAACGUCAAUCUCAAUGA